AGUGACAGUCAGUUGACAAUGUCUGAGGAACAGUUACUUAGAGUUUUAGUUUCCUUGUUAAUUAUUGCCAGUGCAAGAUAUUUUCGUUUUGUCAAUUCAAGUGGAGAAGAUAGUAUAGUGGCAGAUGUUUUCAAUGAAACGACAAUUAGUCGCAUCGCGUUCGGAAGUUGCAGUUUCCCCAAGAAGCCUCAACCAUUGUGGAAACAUAUAUCAAGUCAACGACCAGAUGUAUGGGUUUGGCUGGGAGAUGCUGUGUAUGCUGAUACCAAAGUAGUACCACUUCUGUGGACUCCAUCUCCUCUUGGUGAAAUGGUUGAAAAAUUUAAUUACUUAAAGUUCUCGUCAGAAUAUCAGGAAUUCCUCCGAAGUGGCAUUAAGGUUUUGGGUGUGUGGGAUGACCAUGACUAUGGAAUGAACAAUGGAGGAAAGCAUUAUAAAGAUCGGCUUCAAGCCCAAGGUGUUUAUUUAGAUUUUCUGGAUGAACCCUCAGAGAGCAUACGACGCAGGCGAGAAGGCACUUAUGUUUCAUACAGCUUUGGUAGCGGCAGUAGAAGAGUUAAGCUUAUUCUACUUGACACUCGUUCGCAUCUUAAAUGGGGCCCAGAGUGUGAUAUAUUAGGAGCAGAGCAGUGGUCAUGGUUGGAGAUGCAACUUAGUGAUCCAAAUCCAGUUGCACUUAGUAUCAUUGGCAGUGGAAUACAGGUGAUUUCAGACGUUCCCUAUACGGACAGAUGGACUGGUUGCCCCUCAAGCUAUGAUCGUUUAAUUUGGCUCGUACAAAGGAAUCCACGGGUGAUUCUUAUCAGUGGAGAUGUCCAUUUUGGGGAAUUUUCUUGUCUCAAUAGCACCAGCACGGGAUAUCCUCUUUAUGAGGUAACUUCUAGCGGACUCACUGCCACGUGUGUAUCUUGGAUGUCAAAAGCCACGUGCCGCUGGCUUCUAGAGAACGUUUUAACAUCCUCGAAACGUACUCAUCCGUUUAUAACUGAACUAAAUUACGGUUUGAUUACUAUUCACUGGAACGAUCAACCAAUCUCCAUUGCAGUAGAAGUACGUGGAGAAACUGGAAGUUAUCUCAAGCAAACUAUAUCUUUAGCUCAUUUAGAGAAGGCAAGAGAUGCUAACCGAUGUCCACAGAAAUUAGAAGAUCCUCCAGUUAUCAAGAAAAAUUUAUUUUACGCAGCAGCUAUUUGCGUACUUACGACUAUCUUUGUGGGGCUGCUAAGGCUCAUUAUCUUCAUUCUCAAAAUAGUUUUAACCAGGAUUGUGUUCCCAUUGCUUGGAAUAUCUCUUCAGUCUUCCCCUAGCUCUAGUUCGAGCUUGCAACGAACCAAACACAAAAACAACAAAAUCAUCAAAUCGGAAUAACUGACUUGUGUGGAAAUAGGACAAAGUAGGAGAGGAAGGAACUGCUGCAAUGGCAAGAGACUGCCCACAACUUUUGAAAUUUAACCAUUUAUGACGAUAUAUUUUAACUUAUAAUCCAUCAAAUAUUUUUGUUCGCGCGCGAUUGGCCUAAACGCAUCUCGUGGACGAAUAAUCCUCAGCUAAAACUGGCGUGGAGGAUAUACGAGGAUAUUACCCAAUUCAGGAUAAGAGGGCGUUUUAUGGUUAUUACACAAGAGGGGAAACAUUUGUUCAUAAAGUCGUAACAGAGAACAAUCAAAAGAAAACUCCCCAUACUGCAAACAGUAAGUUGUUUAGAACCAAGUUUUCGCGUGCGUUGCAAAAUAUUUGAAAGAUAAUAAACACAAUCGUCUCUAUUUUGAGCCAAAAUAUGCUCGAGCUUCGCUCCGAAAAACUGUCACAUCUUGGAACAGAUAAUUUUCGCUGGCAAGUAUUCUUGCAUAUUUUCACGCUAUAGAGAGGGUAUUGUUAGAUAUUUUAAAAAUGAAAAUUGUCCUUAUUUGUAAUGUAAGUAUUUUUUAAAUUUAAAUCCUUUCUAUUUAAAACUCUUUUCAUUGUUUUAUUGACGGAGGAUAUUUAUUGAUUGGUUUUUACGUGAAGAGAGCUACGUUCUUCAAAAUUGAAUUUCGUCUCACCAUUUAUCAAUUCAAUGCCAAUUUUUCUAAAAUUUUUGAAGUUUAGAAUUUCUACAUCUAAAUAUUUAUAUCAAUCGAGUAAUCAAAUUUUUUCUUCGUCUCACUGGCUCGUUGCCUGUGACGCAAGACAAACAAAGCGCACUUAUAAACCGUUUAACGUCUCAGAGGUGAUACUAAUUGUCCUUUUUAGAUGGUUCAGAUAAUUUUGUGUUACAUGUAGAAAACAUCCUCUUUCUUAUAAGUUUAGCUGCUUACAUAAUUAUUUCUUGGUGUUUUGAGAUCUGCAAAGAAAGUGAGGUUCUGAGUCGUCGUCUCUUUGGUUGCGUGCAUGGAAUUGUGGGAAUUCCACGACACUUGCACGCGCUCCCUGUUCGCUGCACGCCGCCAAGGGAAAAACGAGAAGUGGAAAAAUAGACCGAAUCCACACGUUUUCAAGCUAAUUUAGAAGUUACUUCAAACCUCCUCAAAUAAAUUGUGUUGGUAAUAUA